CAGCCUGGGCGACAAGAGUGAGACUUCAUCUCAAAAGAAAAAGAAGGUAACAUGGGGAGGGAGUGGCCUCUGUGACUGCUCUCUGCAGUCAGGAGACAGGCGCCCAUGGCCAUGACAUGGCACCAUCUGCCUCUCAGAGGGUGGGUGGCACCCAAUCCUCAUCAUAGGACAGCAGGACUGUUUGCUGGCUUUCCUCCCCCAGUCACCACACGUCCUGUCUCACUAGAGGGUUCUUCUGUCUGUAGCUGUCUCAAAGCGUGUACAAAGGCAUUCCCCUGGCGGUGUGAGGCUGGGCGUGGUCACUUCUGCUAGACAUUGACAAAGUCAAGUCUCAGAACCCGGGAAAUACAAGGUCAUGAAGGAGAAAGGCAAGAGGUCCUCCAGGAUCACCCACCGCAUCAAGGUAGAUGCCAGCUGUACCCUGCAGAACCACACGAUGUUUAGAGAAGGAUUCAGAGUCAAGCAGCAGGAAUUAUGUGACAUCCUCGUGGCCUAUUCUGCAUAUAACCCUGAGGUGGGCUACCACAGGGACCUGAGCCACGUCACCGCCAUCCUCCUCCUGUAUCUGCUGGAGGAAAAUGCUUUCUGGGUGCUGGCCCAGCUGCUGGUCGGUGAGGGGCACUCCCUGCAGGUAUUUUACAGUCCGAAUACUGCCUGGCUCUGGAGGCUCCUAUCACACCAGGAGCAGGUGUUGCCCAAGUCCUUCCCAAAGAUCAUGAGACACCUGAGUACCUCAUGAAGCUUUCCUGGAGCACCAUCUGGGAGUUUCAGGAGCAACUGUCUCAGAGCUGGGCCCUGGAGGACAACGCAGUCCUCAGGAACCUUCAAACCUCCAUGAAGGAAUUCACAAGGAAACACUGGGACCUGCCACCCCCAGCUCCACACAGACCCGCAUGUCGGGGGUCCAUGUUUCCUGUGCUGCCAUUUUGAACACGGCUCCUGGGACUCUGUCACUUCUCCAUCUUCUGUGGACAGCCCUGGAACAAAAAGACAGACCCCACCCAGCGAGCCCACUGGGACCCCGACACCAGGCCCUGCCCUGGCUUAUAACAGAGAAGAGGCCGGUCAAGAGAUACCCCAGCAGCAAGGUGGCACCUGCCUGUGACUCCCCUCGGUAGAAGAAGAACUUGGAAUGGAAGGAGCCCAGGCAGUACCUGCCCAGCUGCCUUACAGCCCCAGAUGGCUGCUGGACCUUGGUUUUUACUGCUAUUUUAUUUUUAUUUUAUAUUUUUGGCUUGUGGGCCUUGAGAAAUCCCAUUCAAUGGGGGACUUGGUCCCAUCAAGGCCUCAGGAGGGAAGGCUGAGCAUGGGGUUCCCACAGCCCCAGCCAGCCAGCAGCGUGCCCUGGGGCCCCUGACUCCACCUGUGGGUCAGAGUCCCUCCCCCAGGGCCCAAGUCCCAGGUCUAGAGGGACCUGGCUUCAACCCGAGUCCUAGGAGGAGAGGGGCACCGCAGGCCUCCAGGUGACCACGCAAGGGACCAGGGCAUUGCAAGCCCUGAUGCUGUAAGGAUUAACAUCAGAGAACCUGGGUAAGCCAGGCCAGAGACGCUGAGCCCGUGCAGUGAUGAGGAUGUGGGGGGCUGGCUCAAGGGGGUCAACAGCUGUGAACACUGCUGCCUCUUCCCGACCUCAUUGCUGCAGUGCAGGCAGUCUGCAUCCCGGAGACUGGCCCACCAGCGCCCCAAGUGCCCUAGUCCGCUAUGCCAACGUGGCACCCAGAGACUUCGCAGCCCUGCCUGCCGCACCACCCCCCUCCUGGAAGCCUUGUCCUGCAGCCUAGUCCCUGUUACAGCCACAGCAGGCACCACUGCCAAGCGCCUUCCAGCCCGGCUUCCCAGAGGGCAGAGGCGCCCUGCAGUCAUUGCCUCAGCAGCUCACACUGUGAAGAUAGUUUCAUCUACAUUCCCAUGUUCCCACCAAAGAGAAUCGCUGCAGAGGAUGCUCUUGAUCCUGAGGUGGGGAAAACGGCACGCCAGGUGAAUGGAGUCAGCUCCUUUCCCCAGCCACCACAACUGCUGGAUGGACCCACGGACAAAGUGGCCAUCAGACAGGAAUGAGACACAAGAGGCUCAGCAUCCUGCUUGUACCCUGACCAGGAUGACCAGGCCGACACCACUGCCGAGUGCCCCAUCUGCUGAGAGACUUGGUGUCGAUCCCUGGGCUGGCACUGUUUCCCAGGAGGACCGGUUGGCCACCUGUGGGCAGGCUACCCACACUGUGGAGAGGGUUGAGAUCGGCUUUCACUGCAGAGAGCUCCUACCUGGACACAGACUCGCCGGCCCUGCCUGUUGCCAUCACAGCAGCCCACAGGGCAUUGCUUGCGACCAGGGUACCCCAUUCACAGUGAGGGACAUGGAGCCAUGGCCCCGAUCAGGGAACUAACUGUUCUCACUACGUCAGCCACCACCUGGAAGCAUCGCUCAGUUACACUGAAGUGAUGGUUUGUCUUACAAGAUAAAUGUUAUGCUUUCUACUGGAAACCAGUAUACGGUGCUGACUCUCCGACAGCCAGAAGGUGUAGUUCUGAGAGAGUGAAGGUGUGAAAGUGGGCGAUGUUCAGUAUUGCAUGGAAUGUCUCAGUCACCAAGUUUUCCUAUGCCUGUCCUGGAGAAAUGGAGCUUUGCUGGUUGGAAGGUCUGAGGACCCAGGCAGAGUGAAGCUUCCCCCAGGGGAACACAACAAUGGCUCUAUUUAAUAUGAGAAGACAGGACUAAGUCUGAAACCCAGGGUGUUCUCUGGUGUUCUUGGUGUUUUCAUGCAAAGAAAGUCAAAUAACAAAGGUUUGCCACAGAGGCAUCUGAAAAAGGAGGGGGCAGAACUAUUCAGAUCUCAGAGGCUUCAGAAUCGAAGAUGAGGCCAACCAGGAGACUCCUGACCUGCUGAGGGCAGGGAAAGUAUGUGGGGGUGGCUGGGAGACGAUGUCAUAGCGAUCUACCCCCACCUUGUGAUCUGUCAGAGAACCGUGCUCUUGAAUAGCUGUGUAAAUCUUCUCUCCACUGAUUAUAGUAUUUCUUUCCAUUUGUGACUCUCCAAUCAAGCAAGGAGCUUGCUACAAAAUGCACUUUGCUAUACCAUAGCCUGGGUCUUGCAAUCCAAGGCUGGCAAGGAUUCCUGUAGGUCAAGGGCCUCAGGUGACUUUUGUGCACAGCCAAGGACAGAGUCCUAGAUGACACCUUCCUGCUCUAAAAAGAAGGAACAAGCGUCAACGAACAGCGAGCCAGUCACGGAAAGGGGUGAAAUGUGAGUGCGUGACCUUCCUGACACCCAGACAAAACUUUGGGCAUGAGGGCAGGCUGCAGCUCUGGCCACUGACUCUGACCAGGGACGCCCCCAUGCAGGCCAGUGUGCCCUGGUUGCUCUUCUCCCUCCUGCCACCCUCUCCUCGGCUGUCUGUGUGGGGGAGGGAGAACCUGCCAGUUUUCAGAAGAAAAUGUAGCUUUAUUAUGACAUGGGAAAGACUCAAGUUAUUAGGGGAGGAGGAGGAGUCCUGAAACAGCUCCUGAAAAUGAGAGGGAAAAGAAAGGUGUAAAUAUGUUGGUAAUAAAGUCUCCAACCACAGCACA